GGAUGAUAAGAAGAUGCUCGUGGUGGGAAUUGAUGAAGAUCUGAUGCAGCUCAAGGAUCUGCUGACCCGUAUGGAGAAGAAGCGGGAGAUCGUCCCCAUCGUUGGUAUGGGUGGAGUAGAAAAUCAGCAAAUGCUUCAGCAGAAAGGAUUAAGGAGGAGCAAUCUGAAAAUGGAAACGACGAUCUCAAACUGAGUAUCAAAAACACACGAGUCUGGUGAUCGCACUUCCAAAAGGUUUAAUGUGCCAUUUGAGUUAUGGCAGCUCUCUGAGUUAAGAUAUCUCGAGGUGGAUGGAAUUAAGUUGUUAAAAGAUGAGGAAAUAAACUAUAGUGUCCUAGAGAAGCCGCAAAGGAUUUCAUUGAGUCUACAUAAAAAGGAGGCAACAACUUGGGAUGGUUUCCAUUCCAAAUAUCAAAGAGUUGUCAAUUUAUGAUCGCCUCCGAACUACAUCCAUGCAAGCGGAGAAGCUCGUGGAGAUGGAGGAUGACAAGAUGCUUCGACAACUUGAUUCUUCUAUGGAACAACUGAAGCUCGUGGAUAAGAAGAUGCCGUUUAGCAGUUCAUCAACUUUCAAGAGUGCUGUGGUGGUGGGAAUUGAUGAAGAUCUGAUGCAGCUCAAGGAUCGGCUGAUCGGUCAGCAGCAGAAGAAGCUGGAGAUCGUCCCCAUUGUUGGUAUGGGUGGAGUAGGUAAAAUCACUCUUGCUCGAAAGCUUUAUGAAGAUCCAUUGAUUGUUUCUCACUUUGCAUAUCGUGCUUGGACCACAAUCUCACAAGAUUACAAUAUGCCACAAAUCCUCAAACGCCUUCUUUGUUGCAUAACUGGACAAGAAUGUAAUGAACAUAAUGAUGCAUUAAAAGUUAUGUUACAUAAGAGCUUGUUCGGUAGAAAGUAUUUGAUUGUAUUAGAUGAUAUAUGGAGCACACAAUUUUGGGACGAGAUUAGGAUGUACUUCCCAGACAAUAACAAUGGAAGUCGCAUUGUGAUCACCACUAGGGAAUCCGACGUGGGGAACUAUGCUAGCUCUUCGAGUCCGCAACAUCAGGUGAGGUUGCUUAGCGAGUCUGAAAGUUGGAAUCUGCUUCACCAACUUGUGUUUGGAGAAGAGGAGUGUCCUCUUGUAUUACAAGAGAUCGGACGAAAGAUCGCCAAGGAUUGUGGUGGGCUUCCUCUAGCCGUCAGUGUGAUUGGAGGGCUGCUAUCAAAGAUGGAAAGAUCAAAAGAUGUUUGGAUGAAAAUUAGGGACAAUGUAAUAGCAGCAAUUUCUGGAUCAGAUAAGCGAUGCUCUACUAUAUUGUCUUUAAGUUAUAACCACUUGCCGAAUCACUUGAAACCAUGUUUCUUGUACAUGGCAGCUUUCCCUGAAGACUACGAGAUUAAAGGCUCCAGACUCAAACAUAUGUGGAUUGCAGAAGGAUUUGUAAAAUCAAAUGGAGAAAGAAGUUUGGAGGAAGAGGCUAAGGAUUUGCUAAAGUCUCUAAUAGAUAGAAAUCUAUUUCUAGUUAGAAAAUAUAACAAGAAUGGAAAACCAUGGAGCUACAGCAUGCAUGAUACGUUGAGGGAUCUAUGCAUUAAGAAAUCUGCUGAAGACAUAUUUCUUAAUGGUUCCAACAAGUUAACGUUCUGUAAUCCACGCCGCAUGACUUUUCACACAUCAGACGAGUUGAAAGAUGUUAACGAUUCAACAGAGUCAGUGUCACUAACUCUAUCUGUUAUAUGCAUUGGUUUUCAGAGUGCUGAGUUUCCAUGUGGUGAAUUUUUCACAGCAAGAUUGUUAAGGGUGUUAGACUUAAUGGAUAUGCGUUUCUCUCAUUUCCCAAUUGAAAUAUUUGAACUUGUCAAUUUACGCUUCUUAGGUGUCAACUCCUAUUCAAGAAUACCGAGAGGAAUAUCAAGAUUGUGGAAUUUGCAAAUCUUGAUUGGUUAUUGUAAGUUUGAAGAGCCAGCUGAGCUAUGGAAGCUCUCUGAGUUAAGAUAUCUCAAGGUGUUUCCAAUUGAGUUGUUAAAAGAUGAGAAAAUGAACUAUAGUGUCCUGAAGAAGCUGCAAAGGAUUUCAUUGAUUAUACUUGCAACAACUUGGGAUGGUUUCCUCAAAAGCGUUCCAAAUAUCAAAAGGUUGCGAAUUGAUGAUUGCCACCGAACUACAUCCUUGGCAAUUGAUCUUAGCCAUAUUCACAAGCUCGAAAGCUUAAGUUGCAGUUAUAUGAGAACUAUAUCCGCUCCAGAUGGUUUCAGUCGUUGUCUCAAAGUUAUAUUUCCUUGUCAUAUCAGAAAACUAGUUCUGGAUGAGUGUAUAAUGAAUUCAAGAGUGUGGAGGACUCUGUGUGCACUACAUAAGCUGGAAGUGCUCAAGAUAUCUCUCAGCAGUUUAAAGCGAGGAGGAGACAUGUGAUGAGAGUGGGAGUUAGCAGAUGGAGAUGAGUUCCUCUCACUGCAGUUUCUAUAUCUUGUAUGUUUGAAGCUUGUGCGUUGGAUAGCCGAUGAGACCAAUUUCCCUAGCCUCCGUCACCUCUGUUUAUAUGGGUGCCAGAAUCUAGAAGAAAUCCCAAGCGGCAUUGGAGAAAUCCCGACACUCCAACUAAUCGAGUUAAAACAAUGCAGCGAAUUCGCAAUGGCAUCAGCAGAAAGGAUUGUGGAGGAGCAAUCUGAAAACGGCAACGAAGAUCUCAAACUCAGUAUCUCUAAUACCUACGAUUGAUCGCACUUCCAAAAGGUGAUUAACCAUUUCUUUAACUUGAAGGUUUUGAAUGCUAAGUUUUAUGCAGCACUCUCAU